AUGGCGUCCCCCGCGGACCCCCCCGCGACGUUCGUCGUCGAGGUGAAGCACGGGAAGGACGCGAUGAAGAUCGACGUCGCGACGGACGAGACCGUGGCGUCGCUCAUGGAGACGAUACAAGAUCGCCUCGGCGUCCUGACGAAGCAUCAGAAGCUCCUCGCGAAGGGCAAAGUGCUCGAGGCGUCCAAGUCGAUAGCCGCGCAGGCGUGCAAAGGCGGCGAGGCGACGCCCGGGGGCAAGGUGACCGUGAUGCUGAUGGCGAGCAAAGGCGGCGGCGGCGGCGGCGCGCCCGCGCCGCCGACCGCGGGGCAGGCUGCGCUCCUCGCGAGCCGCGCGGCGAAAGCCGCGAAGCUGGCGGACGCGAGGCGCGCGUCGUCGCGCGCUUCGGAGACGACGACGCACGACGCGAAACGUCGCGCGGCGGCCGCGACGACCGCGUCGCGCGAGGCGGCGUGGGAGAAGACCGGCAUCGUGGGCCUGCGCGACGCCGCGCUGGACGCCAUCCCGGACGAGGUGUGCGCGCUGCGCGACGCCGCGCGCGUCGUGGAUCUCCACGGCAAUCGCGUCGCCGCCGUGCCGCCGUCGUUCGCGGCGUUGACGCGUCUCACGCGGCUGCGACUGAGCGGGAACGCGCUCACGACGCGAUCUAUCGCGUGGAUGGAGGUGUGCGGCGCGCUGUCGAGCAGCUUGCAGGUGCUCGCGAUCGACGACAACGCGCUGACCGGGGAGCUGCCGGGCGAUAUUGGGGCGCUGCGGGAGCUGAGAGAGCUGAGCGCGGAUGGCAACGAGAUCGACGCGCUGCCGUCCGCGAUCGGCGACCUCGCGCGGCUCGAGCGGCUGUCCGUGGCGAGGAAUAAGCUGACCGCGCUGCCGGGAGAGCUGUCGAGGUGCGCGCGGCUCGACGCGAUCGACGCGCGGCGGAAUAGGAUAACGGCCAUACCGGAGGCGUUAUCGGAGUGCGCGAUGUUGCGCGCGCUGGCGCUCGACGACAACCGCGUGCCGGCGUCAGGCGUGCCGUCGGCGCUUCUCUCGUUCGCGCCGCGGCUGUGCGAGCUGUCCCUGCGCGAUAACGUCGUCACGAUGGAAGAGCUCAGGGAAUUGGACGGGUGGGGCGCGUACGACGCGCGCAGAAGAGCGCGCGCGGGGAAGGUGCUCGAGAGCGGCGUGAUGCUCGGGGACAAGGCGUUCGACGAGGGCGCCGACAUCGUUCGGUUCGCGCGGCACUGA